CAAUGGCUAAUCCCCCCUUCAUGACAACUCUGGGGGUGGUUAUAUUAUAUUACUGUUUGAAAUUCUGCAUCGUUAGGGGCGUGGUCUAUUUGAUUGACAGCCGGGGCUCGCUCGCCCGAAAAAACUAAACUAAAAAAUCUACUAAUACUACCCACAUAUAACUGCUCGUAAAUUAUAUUUGCAUUAACUUAUAAGAAUUAAAAUAUAGUGGUGAAAACUACAACCAUUAUACAUUAUAAAAAAUUGGAGGCAUUUUUAAGAUAGUGUAGUAUAAUUUUAGUAACAUAAAGCGUAUUUUCAUGUCUUUUCCACCACUUGUAACGUUGGCUGGGACGACCGACUGUUACCACUCCCAGACCGUGUGCAGCAUCAGGGCCACGGUAGCAUUUAGCUUAGCUUCUGAGCCUAGCUCCUUAGCCUAGCUCCUUAGCCUCAGCUAACAGGGCAGCUUCGCGGUAGGUGGGUGUGUUUCAGCGACCGGUCUGCAUUGGGCUCACCCACUCUCCACCUCUUUGUCCAUAUUGGGAUGAGCCGGGUGAGGGAGGAGUCGUGCCCCGCCAACAUGGCCCACUUUGGGCUUCAAACCCGGCCCGCAGAAACCAAUGGGUGACGUCACGGGCGCUACGUCCCUGUUUAUUUACAGUCUUUGUGUACAACGCCUCCCUCCCUCCAGUUCCCUCCGACUGCCGGUAGGUGGCAGCAGCGGCCGGAGGUGAAGAUGGAAACAGGCUCCUCUCACCUCACCUGUGCUUUUCGUACAGAAAAUGAUCUGUUCCCAUAAAUAAGAACAGGCCACAGGCUUUAAUCGGCUGAUCGGUGUUAAUGUCUGAACUUCUCCUCCAUCCUUUAAAUAGGAAAAAAAAAAAAAAAAAAAGGAAUUUUAGAAAAUGAAAGAAAACGCCCCUCAGUCCAACCACGUCCCGUCCCGACGGACUGAAGCUGCUCGAAACACUAACUGCCUCUUUUCCUGUAACAAUCAAUGCCUCUGUCUCUAAUUGGAUGGGGUAGCACACCCCCUCCCUCUCCUCUCCUCCUCCCCCUCCUCCCUCCUCCCUCUCUCCGGUUUAUUGUCACUGACAGUCGGAUUAUUCCCUCACAGCAGCAGCCUGCUCCCGCUCCUCUUCCUCCUCUCUGUCCGACAAUGCGGGCAACCACUAAGGAUCUAUAAUAAUUCCCUGCUCCGCUCUGCGUCGGUUGUUCCUCUUCCUCUUCUUCCUCUCCUUCUUCUUCACGGACUUCCUGUUCCAGUGAUGUCGCCGCGCCCGCAGAUCUGACAAAUCAGGGGUCAACUGAAUAAAAUCAGUUAGUAAUUAAAGACGUGGCCUGUCGACCCUUCGAGAUGCUGACCCCACACCUCAAACACCGAGCUCACUGAGAACUGAAAGAAAAACGCUCACCUGGAUAAAAGCCACUCCUGCCGCCACCAGCGCCGCCACCCCCCCAGGAUCCCAGCCCCCCCCACUCGCCCCCUCGCACAGCUCCAGGGCUCCCCAAGGAUCUCCUCGCCCCGGGUUCCUCGGUAGGGUUCUCUGUGGUGUUCUGGAACGCUCCAUACGCCCCGGGGCAUCAGACCUUCAUGCGUCUCCCAGCGGCAGAGUCCACCCACACCUCCACCCACCACCACCACCACCACACCACCACCACCUCCACCAACACGACCAUGAGCUGUGACCGGGAGUUUGGAGACGGGGCCAUGGGAGUCACGCUCACACUGCGCCUGCUCAUGCAUGGAAAGGAAGUCGGAAGCAUUAUCGGCAAGAAAGGAGAAACGGUGAAGAGAAUACGGGAAGAGAGCAGCGCGAGGAUCAACAUCUCCGAGGGCUCGUGUCCGGAGAGGAUCAUCACCAUCACGGGGCCGACGGACUGUGUGUUCAGAGCCUUCACCAUGAUCACAUUCAAACUGGAGGAGGACCUGGCGGCCUUGGUCGCCAACGGCACGGUAACCAGCAAGCCUCCCGUCACCCUGCGGCUGGUGAUCCCGGCCAGCCAGUGCGGCUCGCUCAUCGGCAAGGGCGGCUCCAAGAUCAAGGAGAUCCGAGAGACGACAGGUGCCCAGGUGCAGGUGGCGGGUGACCUCCUCCCCAACUCCACGGAGAGAGAGGUGACGAUAUCAGGGAGCCAGGACGCCAUCAUCCAGUGUGUCAAAAACAUCUGCACUGUGAUCUUAGAGUCACCGCCGAAGGGAGCGACCAUCCCGUACCGACCCAGCCCGACCCCGGGAACUGUGCUGCUGGCGGGAAACCAGGUGAGAGGAGGGAGCAUGAUGACGACUCAUUUAAGACGCCAGCAGGAAAUGGUGUUCGAGGCGUCAGACUUCGGCUCUCACCCCCUGUUCUCGGUCACACAGGGCGGAGUGGACCUGCAGCAAACGUACGCAGUGCAGAGUCACUACGGCAUUCCACAUUCGGAGCUGGCAAAGCUCCACCAGCUGUCGAUGCAGCAGCAAGGCCUGGCCCCCAUCAGCCAAUCAGCUACACAAGUUCUGUCUGGGGGCGUAGAUACCUGUUCUCAGACGACGUCUCAGGAGCUCCUCAUUCCAAACGAUCUGAUUGGCUCGAUCAUCGGUCGCCAGGGCACCAAGAUCAACGAGAUCCGGCAGGUGUCGGGCGCGCAGAUCAAGAUCGGCAGUCAGAUCGACGGCACCAGCGAUCGGCACGUCACCAUCACCGGCACGCCGGUCGCCAUCAACCUGGCUCAGUAUCUGAUCACGUCAUGUUUAGAGACCGCCAAAUCCACCGCCCAGUCCUCCUCCAUGCCGUCUCCCGUUGACCUGACCAUGAGCUUCACCCAGCCCGCCCCCCCUGCCUCGUCCUCCUCCUCCUCCCCCCUGGCAGCAAUGGGUGCCACACUGACCCAUGCUCCCAUGCUGGGGGGCCCCUACGCCCUCCCCCUCUCCAGCCUCCUGGGAAUGAAAUCCAUCCCCUACCUGGCGCUCUCCGGCCCUCCCGGCGCGGCGGCUAUGGGUGCCCCCAUGUUGUCGGGCUCGAUGCAGACGGCGGCGACGGCGGGCGUCCCGGUGCAGGCCCAGGCCCACGCGGCGGCCGCCGCCGCCCUGGCGUCGUACACGGCCAAGAUCUCGUCCUCGGCCAACGGGAUGAAGAAGCCGGAGAGACAGAAGUUUGCUCCGUACUAAUGACGGAGGAGCGAGACGGUGCGUCUGCGUCACUGAGGUCGUUUCCAGGCUGGUUUCUCCGACGAGAAAGGGCGGUUUUAUUUUCUUUCCUCAUCACUUUCUGUUGCACUUUUUUUUUAACUUUUUCUUUCUGUGCCACUUUCUUUCUCUCUUCCAAUUUUUAGUGAUUUUUCAGAAACUUUCAAAGUGGGAUCACUGGAAUGUGUUUGUUAAUCACGGAGACAAACAAAGCGAUAUUUCCGCCGCGCCACGCGGCAGGUUGUUGAGUUGCGAUGCCUCGUUCCUGAUCGGCUUCUCUUCUGAUCAAACAGCUCACGACUCGUCCGCAUGCGGCUGAUUAGACCCGUUGUUGUCGUUGAAGAGCAGCUCCUCUUUAACUCGGGGGAUGAAUACGCUGCCGUCCUACUCUAUAAGUCUCCUGCUGGUUUGCUGGUGGAACAGAUUUUCGAUUGUGAGCUCCACCGCGUGGGAGCCAGUAAAUGAUAAAACACAGAGGCACGGAAAUACACAAAGAGAUGAUUUGAAAUGGUGGAGCCAUGAUAGUUCAUCCACCAGAGUGACGGGUCUAAUGUCUAACUGUUCAUUUACUAAUUGAUAUUAGCUGCCCACAGUUCACCCGGCGCCUCCUGAGAAACUGGGCGGCUGCUGCUCUUGUCACAGGAAAUCAGAAAAGAAAAAUGAUCUCCAUCUCUUAGUCGUGACCUUUUCUCUUUUUAGACACAAACACUAUUUCUAUCCGAGCUCUUGCAGCAGGCGAGUGUGACGAGGACGUGUGAUCACGUCGUGACCCGGACCUCAGAUUAUCCGGCAGCGCGUUUGAUAUUUCGGACUCUUCGCGGGGAUUUAAAAAUGUGCACAAGCAGACAAUCAUGUACGGGAGCUUUCAGGGACGUCAGGGACGCCGACUCCUCUCGAACGUUAUCCACUCGUUUCAGUCCGACGUUAGUCUGAGGUGAAUCUCAGGACCGGGGACCAGCUCAGUCUGGGUCAGUGUGGAAGGAUCAGGUCACAGGUCACUGAUCAUCUGGUUUCAUGAAACAUCCCUGGGAACCUGAGAGACUAAACUCAGGGCAGCACACACCCACAUCUCAAAAGCUGACCAGGGGACGCGGAGUGUGAACCGUCUCCUGCGGCACGUUCAGGUUCAACGGUGAGAAUUCAAAUCAAGAGAUUAAAAUGUUUUAUUUCAUACACUCUGAUUUUAAGAAGCUCACACAGAAACGUGUUCGACUCCCGUCACAUCAUCACUUUCCAACAAUCCCACUUUACAUCUUUCAUCAAACAUCGUUUUGCGUUUGAUUUUUUUCUUCUUUUUUUUUCGUGACGUGUGUGUGUGUGUGUGUGUGUGUGUGUGUGUAGCUCCGCCCCCUCGUCGGAGAGACCGCCGGGACGUCCGGUGUGAUGAUCUGAGGUUGUUUGGGCCACGGAGCCUGUAAAAGCCAUAAAGACUAUUCAGCUCUUUUGUCCCUUUGCUCCUUUACUCUCUUGUAUACUCGCAUAUUUAUUGACUAAUAUGAAAUAUUCCCUCAGAGUUUAUAAUAUCACUGGUCACUAACACUGAGCUGAACAACUCGGCUUUUGUAUACGAAGAUGUCUCCUUGUGUCGGACUAUUUCCUGUCUGCUCCAUGUCGGGGUUUUUUUUCGUCUUUAGUUUUAUGAUUUUUGUUGUGAAGAGGUUUGUUUUUCCAAAAAAAAACUGACAACAGAUUUUUUUUUAUGCAUUAACAGUGUGUUCUUGUUUUCGUUCACAAUGUGUUGUUUAAAUUAUUUUUUUAACUUAUUAAAAAAAAAAAAAAGAGUAUUGAAGUUAGUUUUAGAAAAAAUAAUCUUUUCCAACAUGGCUGCAGGUAAAUACUGUAAAACUGUUUGUUUUUGUUUUUUUAGUUGUGUGAACAAAAAAAUAUUAAUUAUCACUGUACCAUUGAUGCUAAUAACCUGAUGUUUUUGUUAGAUAGAAGAGUUGUGUUUUCACGUGUGAGCUCAAACUGGACAUUCUACCACACACACACACACACACUUUCUGACUGGAGGCGCGUGAAGCGCCACAGAACUAGAAUAAAGUGGAACUCCCACUUCCUGUCCAACUGCAGGAGGUGACGAUGAUGUCAACAUCAAGUGAUUCGUCAAUCGUAAUAAUAAUCCCGUCAGCUCCGAGCAGAAUUAUGAGGCACAGACUGUCACAAAAAUCGGACUUCACACACUUGGUGCAGAUGAUGCAGAAUUACCUUGACACACUGAUGUCCGCGUGUAAAGCCUCUGAUGACCACGUCACUCGCACAUGCAUGAAGUUGUAUAACGCUGACAUGCUAACGGAGCGCAGAUGUAAAAGAAACGGAAGAAGUAGCGACUCCUGGUCAUAAUGGAUUCUGAGGAGUGGGACUGAGCAACAGUAUCACAUCAGAAACCUUCACGUCAGACGACAUCGAUAAUUAUCAGGAUACAUUUCUAAUCACAUCUCCCGGGUUUAAAAGAUGAUUUGAUCUUCACGCAGCAGAGUGAAAGUUAAAGAAUCAGACAGUUAACUGUGGUUUUACUCUUCGUCAAACAAUUAUACGCAUUUUAAAUAUGUAGUCAUAUCACGAUUAUUCUUGUGAUUGUUUCAUCGUCCAACGCUGCCCACAGCGACGAUUAAUAGAAUGAUGAUGAAUUAAUUAUUCUGUAUUUGGAUCAUUAGACGAAAGCAGCAGGUUUACACAUCCGACAUGAACAGUGUCUCCUGUUUGAUGUCAGGCAGCGGCUGUUUUUUACAUUGACGUGAUUUGAUUGGCUGGUUCCUGCGCUGCCAUUUGAAAAGUUGAGGGCUGGGUGAAGCUCAUGGUGCAGCGAGACGCACCGCGGGCGAACCGAAGCAACGGAACCACGACGCGGUUCUGCUUCGCGGCGAACGAGGCGUCCGACGUGGCCUCGUGCGCGACGUGCUUCCUCGCCGCAGUUUCCCAGUGGCUGAUGGAGAAUCAUCAGAGACCGAGUUCGUCUACUUGUUGUAGUUCUGUGGCAGAGUCCGUCCUCAGUGUGUAGAAGUACCAGGCAACGUUUACUUUAUUAUGAUUCUUUUAUUUUUUAUUUUUACCCGACUGACCUGACGCUCAGCUUGGUUUUCUGUCCCUGGGUGUCACACACUAAUGCUGCAUGUUUGCUCGGCCUCGCUAACACACACACACACACACACACAUGUAAAUACACACUAGUUAGACACACAGUUACAGAUACGUCAAACUGGGUUGCGCACACACACACGUACACACACGUACACACGUACACACACACACGUACACACGCACACACGCACACACGCACACACGCACACACACACACACACACACACACACACACACAGAGGCCUCGGACAGUGAGAACUAAAAGCAAUACAACGCGGCGCCGGAUGAGUAGCUACACGAUGCAGCAGGUAAAUUCUUCACGUGUGUGUGUGCAGAUACAUUCAUGUUCAACUUCGAUGGUUGUUGAUGCAGAGAUUUGUUCCUUCUGUUUGUUUUUAAAGGUAUUCUGAUAAUAAUAAUAAUAAUAAUUAUGAUGAUGUGGCAUAUUAAACAAGCUCACUUAUUUUUAUAAACCUUGUCGAUGAACUGAACUGUGGACGCCGCGUCCGAUCACGUCACUCAUCCGUCCUCUUUCUUUCUUCUUUUUUUACUUCCUGUCCACUGUCUUCGUGUCGUCCGUCCAUUUUGCAUGAGUGUGACUUGAAUCGAUGUCUAUGCAAAAAAAAAACCCCGUCUCUGUGGUUCAGCUCAGUGACCGAAGCUGCGCUGGUGCUUGUGAAGUGCAGCUGAAAUCAAAAGGGCUACAGGCGACGACGGGUCUGACCCGCAGAGCAUCGGACCUGAUGAGCAGCUCCUUUACACACGGACACGACCAAUCAAACGACAGUAUUUACAUAAGCGACGCAGUGUCGGUCGUCCAAUCAGGGCCGUUCUGCUGGUUUGAUUUGAGUCUGCGUUAAAACAAAAGGCGGCGCCACAACUUCUUCUUUUUUUUUUACUUUUAGCCGUUUUGAUUUCAUUUUAACAACCAACAUACGACCAAAACAUGCGACGGGUACUUCUGCAUACGACCGGAAAAUGACAAUCGCAACAUCAAUGCCAAAAUAUCUACCAGCCUCCUUGUUCACGUGCAAAUGAACGCCACCACCGAGGACAGAUCCUCCUCUCUACCAAGCCGAGGUGCCGACCUUCCAGGGUAAAAAGUGCCCAACAUUUCACACUCUUCAGACCUUUAUGACAGUUUUGAGUUCAACAUCCUGGUACUUUCAGUGCACGUAACCAAAAAAUAGCAGGUGUGAAGAACUCAGAUAAGCAAACUGUUCUCAAGCUACGAAUGAAGUGGAGGAUGUGACAUGAAGCGAACUAGAGAGGAGAGGUCUCACUCGGCUGCAGCUACAUGACGCGUCUCCACUUCCUCCCGUUUGUAACAAAAAUGAAGCUGGCAUAUCUCCGAUAGGGGCGCCGCCAUUUUGCUCUUUUGACGUUAGACUUAUGAGGAACAUGAACACUUGAACACACGUCAGUGCAAUAAGAACGACCUCAAAUGACAGAAACCAUCUUUGUAAAACGUUAUUUAACGUUUACUUUGAUAUUUUUUUUGGUUUGGUCCGUGUCCCAUCUGCUAACAUGGAGCGGGCGGGGCUUAAGACAUGUACUGCCGACAGCCACCAGGGGGCGCAUGAACACAUUUUAUAACUUUGUGUUCCUGCAAAUGCAGCACUGCAUUUCCCUGGUGAACCCCAACUACAUCCAAAUCUACUUCAUUCGUCUUUACGUCACCAGUUUUACACCUUGUGCGAACAUCUCCUCCUCGGAGGCGACAAAAACAACAACAAACUGCUCUUCAGGGUGAAUGCACUGCGAGGAUCAGACCCCCGGGCAGAGGGGAGGAGGUUUCAGCCACACUACACCAGGCUGCACCGAACACAGAGAAGAAAUUCGACUCUAUAACGACACUUUCAUUCCAAGUUGUCACACACACACACACACACACACACACACACACACACACACACACACACACACACACACACACACACACACACACACACACACACACACACACACACACACACACACACACACACACACACACACACACACAGAGCCUGUACAGCAAACACACACGCACACAGAGAAAACACGCGCGCGCACAUUCACCCCCGGAAACCAAUCGCUGAACAAAAUGAGUACGGUUAUGAAUAUUGUAUUGCACUUGAACACGGAAGCUCCAUUACGACCAGAUCUCCUCUGCUGAGUAUGAAGUGCCCCCGUCCUCCCUCUGUUCAUGUUCUGCUUCCGCUGCGGCGACGACGGGGACGUCCGCUCUCUGUGUCUGUAUCCGCCUGAUGUGUUCGUGGUUCUCUGUUUUCUUUCCAUUCAUGACAUGUUCUAAUAAAUAAAACCCACACUGAAAAAACAACAA